AUGAAGGGCAGACAUCUACGGCGGCGGUUCAGCCUACAGCCGUCAUUUAUGAAGGACGAUUCGACCGAAGAACGACCAAAGCGAGAAAAACCACUGAAAAACGAUGAAAACUCCAUAAACUCAAACGUGCGGCACAAGAUCGUCAUGAUGGGCGCUGCGAAGGUGGGCAAAAGCUCCCUCAUCACGCAGUUCCUCUACAGCAGCUUUUCGCCGAAGUACAAGCGCACGGUUGAGGAGAUGCACCACGGUCACUUUUCGGUCGGUGGAGUAAAUCUGACGCUCGACAUUCUCGACACUUCCGGAUCGUACGAGUUCCCAGCAAUGCGUGCCCUUUCCAUCUCAUCAGCGGAUGCAUUUAUUCUGGUGUACGACGUCACCGACAGUAUCACGUUCGAGGAAGUGAAAGCGAUACGUGAGCAAAUCCACGAGAUUAAAUCUACGACGGCGGUACCAAUUGUGGUCGUUGGCAACAAGACCGAUUUGAGCGAUGAUGACGAGGAUCUGCGACAGGUAGCACGUGACACAACUGAAUCGAUGGUAACGGUUGACUGGGAAAAUGGUUUCGUCGAAGCAUCUGCAAAACUGAACCGUAACGUUUCGCAGAUUUUCAAAGAACUUUUGGUGCAAGCUAAAAUAACAUACAAUCUGAGUCCGGCUCUUCGACGGCGGAGACGUCAAUCGUUGCCCCAGCAGGCCAGCACCGGUAGUGCUGGUGCACCACCGACACCCCAGGCAUCGCCAAGCGUUCACGUUCCAUCCGUCGCCCAGCUGCAACACCUGCAGCAGAUACAGGACAAAAGUCUCGGCGGCAAACGCAACUCGUGCAUUCUUUCCUAAUAGGUUCAGUUUACGCAUCUAAAGUUAUAUUUCUCUGUGAAUCGUCUACAAUUUACUUGCACCUUUCAAUUGUAAAGCGACAUUGGGGCUUCUGUGCCGUCGAUCAUGUGGGAAAGCGUUUGAAAUUCAGAACGGAACCCAUUUUUCCCACACAUUUACUUCUUUCUACGCAUCUUCGUGCCUCGUGCUAAAGCGAAUAUAUUGGCUUGUAUAGUAAGAUCACACAUUCAAAAAAAAGCAUUUAAACCUUCGACAGCAUAUUUGCCAGCCCAGCUUUUCACAAACAAACUUCUUUCCAACCUACAUUUCUGCCAGUCCACAUAGCCGUUAGGAAGAUUUGUGAUGUUUAUAAAUCAAAAUCGUGUCGAAUCGUUCGAAAACAAUGUGUAAAGUAUCGAAGUGGAAAAAUACGGGUAAUAAACGGGAACGAUAGUGGUGGUUUACGUGGUAGUAGAACGACACGAAACAAACGGAUUGGAGGCGGAAUCACACUGCACUAGGGAAAAACAAUGCGCCGUGCACACGUGCGCUGCACACGAAGAAAUGUAAAACUCACGUGGAUUAGAUUAGUUAUGCAGGUGUAGAGUAUUUUUUUAAUAAAAUAAAUAUGUCAGCAACAUUUUCCUACGUUUAUCAAGCGAUUCAGCGUGUAGCGUUCAAUAGCGGCUACGGGUGGAAGGAUGAACCGUAUUUAAAGUAAAGGAUGUAAGUUGAGCUCGUAUCGAAUAUUGAAGAGACAGCAAGGGAGAAUAAAUAACUCAUCGAGUCCAUUUCAUGUGCGUGAAUGUUAAUGUGUGUUGGUGUUUUGAUAAUACUGGAAAUUCCUUACGAAAUCUGUUCACUUCGAACCCUGUUACUCGCAAUGGCCAAAAUUAAAAGCCGAUUUGUACCACAAAACGCAAUGUAAUGCUUGGCGCUCGGGUGGAUUUCGCAAUACAAAUUCACCGCAACAAACAGAUACCAAUUGAUGUAAUCGAACGUUUGAUAGCUUGUCGUCUUGGAAGAAAGCUAGAACAAACAAAAAAUAAAACAAACAAAACAACCAAAAUCAAAAUAUGAAUACAAACCCUUAACACCAUCUCUAGCGUUAUUAAAUCGCAAACAUAUAUGCAAAGCAAGUGAAACGAAAAGAGAAGAAGGAAAAGGAGAGAUUUUUGCAAAUAAUAUAUUCACACAUUCCAACAAUCAUCAACAAAAAAAAACCCAAGUUGUCGUUGCUGUUACAAUAUACCAUUCACAUUACGAUUCUACACGGUAAAGCUAAACACGCUGUAUAAAUUGAAAAGAAAACAAAAAAGAAAGAAAAGGUAGUCUUUAUGUGCUGUAUGGAAGAGAAUUUGAAUUGAUACAAAUAAAAACAACAACAACAACAAAACCCAUUUUUGCUCGGUAGUCGUCAAAUGUGAAGAUAGUCGAUAAAAAGUGUAGUUACGUGCAGACACAGUAACUGUUGCAGGAAGUCCUGGUGACUGGCGCGGGAAUGAUUAAACAGAACGGAGCCAAAAUACAAAUAUGCAUCAACGCGUGUUGUUAUAUACAGAAUGACAUUCAAUGAUCAAACACUAGCAGCGUAUGUGGAACGAGGCAGAGCGAAAAGUGGCGAUAAGAAUAUAUUCACGCGAAUAUUCACAAGUUGAAAGUAAAUAAAAUUAAUCCAUGUAACUGGU